AUGUCAAGUACAGUUCCUGGCCAACAUGGCCAGUCCGAGGAACCCAAAUGCUACAACUGCGGCACCGUAGGACACUGGGCUGUUGCUUGUCCCGAACCUACCAGAGAAACCCCAGCAGGCCUCGCAACAUGGAGAAAUCUAUCUACCCCGAACAACAUCAACCCCAAAGGGCAAAACUCUGGAUCAAAUAAGAGGACGAAGGGCCCCAUCAUCACCAAAUAUGGCCCUCCUCCGCCUCCUCCUCCGCCAUCAUAUGGGCAAGGCGUGAACCAUAUGCCGCCGCCGCCUACACAUCAUCACCAUCCUCAUCCUCCAACCUCAUAUCCAGGACAAGCUCCCUCAUAUCAGCCUUAUGCUCCUCCUCCUCCACCGCCCCCGCCUCCAGCAACUUAUGGUAGCAACUUCCCGCCUCCAGCUUACGGAUAUUCUCAUCACCCUCCUCCUCCCCAUCCUCCGCAUCCGCCUCAUCCUGCUCAUCCUGCUCAUCCUCCUCACACUGCUCAUCCUCCUCACCCCCAAUACCAGCCUCCGCCUCCUCAUGGCGCACCGGGAUCUCAUUUUGGCCCUCCGGGCUACAUGCCCCCUCCACCUACUCUUGGACCUCCCCCUGGUGGCCACUUUCCUGGUAACAGAGGAGACGGUCACGAAAAUAGACCCCCACACAACCAGGCUUUCUCACGGUCACCACCUCAAACGAAAGCAUCACCUCCUAUGAACGCCGCUCCGCCUCAGAAUCGGUCAGGCUCUAGGCCAAAUACCAGCUUAGCGAAGCCACCUAGCUUACCGCCGAAACCACCAGCUGGAGUGACAUCUCAUCCUCUCCCACCCAAGCCGCCGAAAAGCCAUGAUCAGGCCAAUCAGCAACACGAGCACAGAAACAAACGAAAGAACGACCGCCACAACAAGAACAGAGAUCGCCGACAGUCUAAUGAGCAUCACAAUCAGCGCCAUCUGAACGCGGUCCCUCAUCGAGAUAACCACUCCAACCAAUCUCCGGACAAUCGUCGAGCCAGUGGUUCUCGAAAAGGCCAGCGACAGAAUCAGGGCAAUGCCGCCGCAAAGAAUCAGCAACCCAAAGCCGGCUCACCUGAUCGACAAGCUGUAGGUUUCAAGGGCAACCAUAACGGUAGACGAGCUUCGAAGGACCAUGCGCAUCGAAGAUCUUUGUCCGAUAAUGCCGCCCGCAAUCGUGAUAACGGUGCUACUUUGGGGAAGAAACAUCACACACAUGGGGAAGGCAACGUCUCAAAUUCAAACAUUGAGACGGAUAGGGAUAAUAAGUCUCCCCCCAAGUUGAAUAAUUCUCAGGCUCGGAGUGAGGUAUCAGACGUCUCGGAAAGACGAUCGUCGUCAGAUCAUCACGCAGCAAGUGGGAAACACUCGUAUGACGAUGAGACCAGGCUUCAGGAGCGACAACCUAAACGACCAAAGACGGAGACAUCCCCAAGAGUUGAAACCAAGGCAACCAAAUCUAGCGAAAACGAAGAGUGUAUCUGGGACACUAUUGACGUGCCGAGAGAGGCAGAUCGAAGACAGCAAACCGAAAGGGACCGCACUGGGGUUAAGAGACGUGGAUCAACCUCAUCAAGAGCAUCUAGACAUUCGUCGCAAUCUAGUCAGUCCUCGGACUUGAAUUCUCUAGAGGCUGAGCUAUUGGGGCGCCCAGUCAAACAAAAAUCUCCAGAGAAACCAAGCUCCCGUCAUCGCUCAGAACAUCGGGAUAGGGUUAAACCAAAACGUCGGCCGGCAAACACCAACUCUGCUUACAGGUAA